AUGAAUUUCGAACCGUUGAAAGCACGAGAUCAGAGAGAUGUUACAAACGACCUGUUAGACUUGUGUCUCGCAAAGAAUUCGCGAGAUAACAUGUCAGUCAUUCUGGUGAGCCUGGAAAACGCGCCGAAAGCAGAAGAGGCCGAAAUCGCCCAGUUCAAAAAAGUCGACGAGCAAAUCGUCCAGGACAUGAAAGAGUAUCUUCUCGGCCACGGCGACCAGCAGCGGCCGCAGAUCGACCAAGUCGUUGCUUACUUCGACGAGAAGGAAUAUAUUAAAAACGCUGCUGAUAUAGGGGGUGUGCCCGCUUCGCUAGCAAAGCGUGGCUUCAUUACGCGUGCUUACGAAUCAUCCAUCGACAGAAAACAGCUCUAA